AUGUGGUACUUGUGGUGGAACUAUCCAGCCGUCUACGAAGUAUCUGUUUUGUCUUUCAGCCCACUCGGUCUAUUGCGACCCACAUACGCACCGGACACGGAAGACCUCGGAACCCUCGGCCGGACGCAUACUAUACCAACACUUGGUCGUACCGCCUCUCCGUUUGAGUACCGUUGCCAUAUCUCUACGAUUCAUUAUUUGAAGAUGUUUGUCCUGUCAGCUAUCUUGUUGCCUCUGCGAUUGAUAGCAACUGCGUUAUCUUUUAUGAUUGCUUUGGGGCUUUCAAAUAUCAUCAUUUUUGGAUGCGAUUUUUCACUUUUAAAGCCGCACAAUGAUUUUAAACGGCGACUCAUUCUCCCCAUGUUGGUUUUCAUCUCAAGACUGGUUUACUUUGUUGGCGGUAUACAAUGGGUAGAAGUGAAGGGCGUUCGAGCCAAACGUUCUGAGGCUCCAAUCUUAGUUUUGGGUCCGCACUCUUCGUUCUUGGAUUCGCUGGCAGUUGUCAUUAUGGGUAUGCCCUCUUGCGUUGCAUUGCAAUCCCACGCCAACUCUUUCAUCGGUGGAAUCAUCAAGGUGCUUCAGCCUAUUCUGGUCAGGCGAGAAGAUCAGUACUCUAGAAGGAAGACAGCGGAGGCCAUAUGCUACCGUGCAAAUUCAACAGAUGCUUGGCCGCAAUUAUUAAUAUUUCCAGAGGGCACGUGUGGAAAUCGUUCAUGCUUGCUUUCAUUCAAACUAGGCGCCUUUCGCCCCGGUGUUCCCGUUCAACCUGUCUUGCUUCGAUGGCCAAACACAGUUGACAGCGUUACAUGGGUUUGGGAAGGACCUUCAGUAUGGCGGCUGUUAUGGAUGACCUUCACACAGUUCAACACACGCUUCCAGGUGGAAUACCUGUCUGUUUAUAAUCCCAACGAAGAGGAACGGUUAGACCCUGUCCUGUACGCCAACAAUGUCCGUCGCGUGAUGGCUGGUGCUCUCGGAGUUCCCACUUGUGAUCUGGUGUACGAGGACUUUUGUUGUUUACGCGCUGCAAUCGAAUGUCGCCUACCAGAGCCGGAGGCUCUGGUUUACCUACACGCCAUCCUUCGUUACGUUUUCUCAUUCCAACGGCUAUGUCAGCUCCAUCUGGUAGAUACCCGGCCACAUUCUGACCUAGUCCAUCUACGCUUGGAAAGCUUGCUAACUUUGGCGCGUUCAAAUGCCAUUUUACCUUCGUCUGAGUUCAUCAGUGUCCUCUUUCCAAACAUUCAUCUUGAUGCUCGUGAGGAUUUACUUCUCAACAGGGCCAUUCACUAUUAUCGCAGCAAGAAAACUACUUCCAACGGUGUUGCUUUUCGACGUUUCAUCACACGAGCUUGCAUGCUACUACAUCCGUCGGACCCCUUCAAAGCACUGCGCUAUGCUGCCAAGGCUUUCCCGCCUGUUGGUUCCAAACACAGCUCUGUGUGUUUCCAUAUGGAUGGCUCAGCGGCACCCUUCCCGGAGCACUGGCUUAUAAACCCUGAAAGCACCAGAGAACUUUUGUCCACAUUGUUUGAUUUUCCCUCUGUGGACGCAUUGGAGGAAAUUGUCCGCGCAUCCACUGUCGAAUUGAUGACUUCAUCCAAGUGCAUCCAUGAUGUCGCAGUCUGUACGAGUCGCUUGUAUAUUUCCUUACUUGAGCUCGCACCUUCCCAACUCCUUAGCUAUGUUGAGUACGAGAAAACGCUUCUCAGAAUCUUUGGACAUCGAGGUAGACGGAUCUUAGAACAACCCGAUAAGAAUCACAGUUGA